AACCGUUAUGUUUGUGCGUUAUCUAUUUAUUGCAUACAUAACGGUAUUACAAAACCGUUAAGCCGACCGUUAUCUAUGGGCAUCUUUUUAUAACGGUUGUUUCAACCGUUAUAUAUGAGCGAUUCAAAACUGUUAUGAAUUAUUUUUAUAUUUAUUUUUAAUUUUAAUAAUAUUAUAAAAAAUCAAAAUCCUAAUUUCCUAAUACACCUUAGUCAACCCACAGUCUCAUUUUCUCAAGUUUCAAGCAGUACUCUCUCUCGCCACUCUCUCUCGACUCCGGUCAGCGGCCGCCAUGAAUCGCCGCCUCCCUCUGGCGCGACGAGGUCGGCGCAUGUUCUUCCUCCUCCUCUCCUUCCCUUUUGUGCCCUAUUUCUUCCCGAAGAACAAAAUCCCCAAUUUAUAGGGUUUUCAGCCUCCCUUUCCUCUCUGAAUUUCGCGAACCCUAGGCAACACAAUCCGCGUCCCUUGCCACGCUCUAUCCCCAAUCUCGCUACCCCUAGGCACCGUGUCCCUCCGGUUGUGGCCCCUGUCCUCCUAACCCUAGGUUUCGCGCCCCCAUCUCGCCUGUCGGCUGCCUGGUUCCCGCUGCGCCGCUUCGUCUUCUCUCUGCCGAGCAUUUUUGUUUUUUUUUUUCCAGGAUCAGGUCCUUAAUUUAUCCUGAGCAUGUCUUAUUACUCAGUAAUCGACCACUGGAAUAUGUAACUUCAUGGUGUGCGUGCUCAUGCUUCAUUGGGAAUUUUUUCUUUGCUGGAGCUCAAAUAUUCUUUCAGUCUCUAGAUGCUACAAUUUUCUUGUUUUCACGUGGCUCACAAAUUCCUACAGAAAGCCCGGUGCUACCAGUUAUAUCCACAAAUGAUAGGCUUACCUUGGUGCUUCUCUUUUUUUUUUUUUUUUAUGGUAAAUGUAGAGAGAUAAGGUUAAAGAUGAUGUUGGUAAUGGCCUGUGUGAAUGGAUGAUGGACACAAGGUUUCUACAGCAUGGGAACACUUACUCGGAUGUUUUCUUGGUAGCUGCAUUGGUCCAGUCUGUUGGCGAACUUGAAUUUGGACAGCAGAGUGUCAUCUAUUUACCCUCCUUGCUGAAGCGUCUUGAUCGUCUUUUGCAAUUCGACAGGUUGAUGCCAAGUCACAAUGGGAUUUUGACAAUCUGUUGUAUCCAGUCACUUACUCAAAUGGCACUCAAACUAUCAGAAGUCAUUCCUCUUGAUCAUAAGUUCAUCAAGCAGAGGCCUAGUUGAACUUGAAGUUCAGUGUAAAGGAAUAGAUGCAGCACUGAAACUGUUCAUCGAGUACCUUAAUGAUGAGACAUCUCUACGAGGACAAACCAAAUUAGGUCUCUGUGCUUUGCGCAUAUCACAGAUGAUUAAUCAAUCCAAUGGUGACAAUGGCAUAAAGAGUGACACACUUGUUUCGCUCUUGCGCUUGCUGGAAAGCCCUCUAGUCUGGGUCAAGCUUUAUUAAUUCCAUGGAGAAGAUGGUGCUAUUCUUGUCCCUGGUGGUGUAGUUAGUAUAAAAUUGGGCGAUAUGAAUAACCUAGUGCUUAUAUGGUGGGAGAAUUGUUAGACAUAAAUGUAUGUGAUAUUUAUGAAUAUUUGGAUGACAAUGUAUGAAUAUUUUGGAUGUUAUAUAAUAUAUGUUAUCGAUGACAA